AUGUCGGUUUGGAUAACAAUUGACUCAGUUGCCGGUGAUGACCCUCCUCUUAAGGACUUUCGCAUCAAAAGCUCAGAAAAUGGCAGUUGCAUGAGCUUGACAAAUGAAACGGAUCAGCUAGCUUUGCUGGCCUUCAAGGCUUGCAUAACCAAUGAUCCCUUUCAUGUUGUGAGCUCUUGGAAUGACUCUGUCCCCUAUUGCGAGUGGCCAGGCGUUAUAUGUGGAGGUCACGGGCAUCCAAACAGGGUGAGAGCCUUGCGUUUAUCGUCCAGUGGGUUGGUGGGAUCCAUGGCUCCAGAUAUAGGAAACCUCAAUUUCCUUCAAGAGAUUUAUCUCUACAACAAUAGCUUCUACGGUGAAAUCCCUCAUGAACAUCCAAUGACAAGUAUUCCAGAUACCCUUGGCCAAAUAACAAGAUUAAAGAUUCUCGCGCUUCCUGGAAAUAAGUUGUCUGGUACUAUCCUUGCCACUAUAUAUAAUCUUUCCUCACUUACUGUUUUUGAUGUCGGAUAUAAUCAACUUCAAGGGAGUCUUCCAUCAAAUUUAGGCUUCACUCUUCCUUGGCUUUCUGUUUUGGGAAACCAGUUUCAUGGACCAAUUCCAAUUUUUGUGUCCAAUUUGUCCAAACUAGAACUACUUUUAGCUGGUGGAAAUAGUCUUACUGAGAAAGUGGCUAUUAACUUUGGAGGGCUAUCAAAACCACUAUUCACAGGGCCAAUCCCUUCUUCUCUUGGAAACUUGACACUAUUGAUUGAGCUCUAUUUAGGAGACAAUCGCUUGCAAGGAAAAAUACCUUCAAGUAUUGGAAAAUGCAAAUAUUUUUUACGCUUGGGCCUUUCCGUGGGUCGAUUGACUAAUCUUGAAAUCCUUGAUGUUUCUGAGAACAUGUUGUCUAGGGAAAUUCCUAGCACCCUUGGUGCUUGUACAAGCCUAGAGUACCUUUUUAUGAAGGGAAACUUAUUUCAAGGAUCUAUACCAUCGUCUCUGAGUUCUCUAAGAGUAUCAGUAGACGGAGUCUUUCGAAAUUUGAGUGCAGUUUUAGUCAUUGGAAACAAUAAGCUUUGUGGAGCUACUGAUGAGUUUUCUUCUACAAAUCUGAUUGGAGUGGGGAGUUUUGGCUCUAUGUACAAAGGAGUUCUCAAUCAUGGGAAAACUAUUGUUGCAAUGAAGGUCCUCAACAUUAGACAAAGAGGUGCUUCCAAGAGUUUCAUGGUUGAAUGUAAAUCCAUGAGAAACAUCUGGCAUCGUAAUCUUGUAAGAAUCUUAACAUCUUGCUCAAGUAUAGAUUUUGAAGGCAAUGAUUUUAAGGCUUUAGUUUAUGAGUUCAUGCCUGGUGGGAAUUUGGAGAGGAUAUCAACAAUUCUUUCAGUAUCCACAAAUAGAUCUCAAAAUCACAUAAGCUCAAUCGGAAUAAAGGGAUCCCUUGGAUAUAUUGCACCAGAGUAUGGUGCUGGUGCUGAUGUUUCAACCCAUGGUGAUAUCUAUAGUUAUGGAAUUCUCUUGCUAGAGAUGUUUACAAGGAAGCAACCUACUCAUGAAAGGUUCAAAGACAAUUUUAAUCUUCACUGCUGGGCUGAGAUGACUUUGGAUGGAGUGAUGGCUAUCGUUGACCCCUCACUUCUCCCCAUGGAAGAAGAUGAAGAAGAAGCAGCUACAAUCGUAACCAACAUCACCAAAAGUAGAACAUGA